AGCAUCAUGUCCACAGUGAUGAGCGGGUUAGUGAAUAUGGCGAGUCUCGCGGAUUUCGAGCCGCUCGCGGCAGUGAUCCCCGCCACCAAAGUUGAGAUCACCGUGUCGUGCAGUUUGUGUGCUGUACACUCAGACAGUGGCGAACAGGGAGUGGAGAGAGUUUGGCAGGACAGAAGUCAUCGAUAACACGCUGAAUCCAGACUUUGUGCACAAAUUCAUCCUCGAUUACUUCUUUGAAGAGAGACAAAAUUUACGCUUUGACCUGUAUGACCUUGACUCAAAGAGUGACAACCUGUCCAAACAUGUAAGUGUUUUCCUGUAAAUGUAAAACUGAUGGACACUGUGUUUGUUAAAUUUAAAGACAUGUUAUAUUUUUUGUUUGUGUUACAGUUAUGUGUGUGGCCCUAUACAGACACCUUGUUUGACCCUCAUCAUGGGGGUUUUAUCGUGAUUUAUUCAAGCAUUUUGUGGGGUCAUAACCAUGGGUCACUCUAUAUCCCAGAGUGCACCUGUGGGAUUGAUGUUCAGAGAUUCUGGGCACAGACAUUCUAAUCAGCUCUCUCAGGAGAAUGUCUGCCUUUUUCUGUCCCGCCUUUCCAUCUGCAAAACCUUUCUGCCACAAAUGUUGCCCACAUGCAGCCUAUCAUGAGCUUAUCUAAAAUAAGGUCCUAUUCUCAUCCAUAUCCUUGUUUUUCAAGGACUUUUAUGUCCCAGGAAUUGAUUAGUACUGAAACAGAUUUCAUUUUCAUUUUUCUUCAUUUACCCACAUUAUUCAUAUUUUUUUUUUAAAAUGUCUCUUUAUGUUUUUUCAUUUACAUUUAAACAUUUACUUUUAUUUACUUUUGUUUUACUCUUGUCCCAGGCCAAGACUUUUAAUUUUAAAACACACACACACACACACACACGCACGCGCGCGCACACACACUUCACAACCAACAAUUUUGCCUCUAAUAUUUAUGUAUUUAUUUUAUGAAAUAUAAGACGUGUGAAGAAAAGAUAAAAAGGUAGAUAUUACUUUAAUAUAGUUAUUAUUAUGUAUAUAAUCUAAUGAUAUAAACUAAAAUACGCAAACAAAAAGUAUAAAGACUACUUAAUUAUGUCCUUUUCGGAUUGAAUACACUGAAUAUGAAAUGGGAUCGCAUGGGAAAUUUGGAUUGUUAGUCAAAAAUCAUUCCCAUUUCCCACUGGAGAACAAAUACUAGCUUACAGGCAUGACAAGUUCACAACCCAUAUUUCUGUGACAUAUUUCUGAGUGAGUGAAAUGUGAAUGAUUCGUUUGUGCACAUUAUUUUUUUUAAAUAAUUUGUUCAAUCUACAUUCUGCCCCUGAAACAACUUUUCUUUUCUGCUAAUGUAACUAAUGCUUUAUAAUAUUAUACAGUAAUAUUAAGCAUUAAUAUAAUAGCUUAUUUUUCAUAAUAAAUAAGGGUCCAUUUUGAUUUCAUGUUGACUUGAAUGUGUACUGAGAUAUCAGUCACCUUGUACUCAAACGGCCAAAACUCAUGACAUGUGAAUAAAGCUCCCAUUCCUAAUAUGUGUAUGUGUUCGGAGGACUUCCUGGGCCAGAUGUACUGUACUCUGGGAGAGGUGGUGGGAUCUCUGGGAAGUCGUAUGGAAAGAUCACUCAUAGGCAUUCCUGGGAAGAACUGUGGAACUAUUAUUGUGAAAGCUGAAGAACUUGGAAAUUGCAGGGAGUCAGUACUGAUGCAGUUUUGUGGCAACAAACUGGACAAGAAAGAUUUCUUUGGAAAGUCAGACCCUUUCCUGGUCUUUUACCGUAGCAAUGAAGAUGGAACAUUUACCAUCUGUCAUAAAACAGAGGUGGUGAAAAACACACUGGACCCUGUAUGGCAGGCCUUCAAGAUCCCAGUCAGAGCGCUGUGUAAUGGGGAUUAUGACAGAGCAAUAAAAAUCGAGGUGUAUGACUGGGACAGAGAUGGAGGUCAUGACUAUAUUGGAGAGUUCAGCACCAGCUACAGGGAGCUCUCUAAAGGCCACUCUCAGUUUACUGUGUGGGAGGUGCUGAACCCCAAGAAAAAGAAAAAGAAGAAGAAAUAUCUAAACUCAGGAACCGUCACUCUGCUGUCCUGCUUCAUUGAUGUUGAGGUUACGUUCCUGGACUACAUCAAAGGAGGCACUCAGAUUAAUUUCACGGUGGCGAUUGAUUUUACUGCAUCAAACGGCAACCCUUCCCAGCCUACCUCUCUACACUACAUGAGCCCGUAUCAUCUGAAUGCGUAUGCACUGGCACUCAGAGCCGUGGGGGAGAUUAUUCAGGACUAUGACAGUGAUAAGCUGUUCCCUGCACUGGGGUUCGGUGCAAAACUGCCACCCGAUGGCCGCGUGUCUCACGAAUUUCCCCUGAACGGGAACCCAGAUAACCCAUACUGCAGCGGUAUUGAGGGCGUUCUAGAAGCGUAUUAUCAGAGUCUGAAAUCUGUUCGUCUCUAUGGACCAACAUACUUCUCACCUGUCAUUAAUCAUGUAGCAAGAUAUGCAUCAUUAGUAAAGGAUGGUUCAGAAUACUUUAUCCUCCUCAUCAUCUCUGAUGGGGUCAUCUCGGACAUGGCUCAGACUAAAGAAUCCAUCGUAAACGCCUCAAGUCUUCCCAUGUCAAUUAUAAUCGUUGGAGUCGGGCCAGCCGAAUUUGACGAGAUGAUUGAACUAGAUGGAGAUGAGGUCAGGAUAUCAUCCAGGGGUCGCUUUGCGGAGAGAGACAUUGUGCAGUUUGUUCCUUUCCGAGACUACAUUGAUCGCAGAGGGAAUCACAUUCUCAGCAUGGCCCGUCUGGCCAAGGACGUUCUUGCGGAAAUCCCAGAUCAGUUCCUCCAGUACAUGAGGUGCAGAGGCAUCAAACCUCAGCACUCGUCCCACUCCACCUCCUCCAAGCCCCCGUCGACACUCGUCCACCCCGUCCACCCACUGCAGACACAGAUCUGAUUGAGCGCACAAAACAUAUGUCCUCUCUUUGGUUCACUGUCACUCUCAGGAUCACACACGGCCUGUCUGAGUGAAACGCAGCUCUUGCACAUGCUGACUUUCAGUAUGUAGGGUGACGUUAGGGAACUUUACGCCCAGCAUUGUCCUUUGUCAGGCGUACUUAGGUUUCAGAAGGUGUUUUAGACUGUUUUAAAGUAUCGCGUGGCCUCUUCAGUCAGUCAAACAUCAGAUAUGACUCCACAGUCUCUGUCUCACAUCCUGUUCUUGUGUCUGACAAACUUCAGCAGACGUUUACAACUGUACCGUUUUUUACAAAUAGAUGUUUUUUGUACCUCAUGAAAACUCUGAGCUGCUUAACAACGGAAUUUACUCAUUUUAUUACAUGACGUUGUAAAUAGAGCAAGUGUGAUUUUAGAAAAAGCAUGAAUCCACACUUGGUACAAAACCGAAAGAAACUUUCACCCAGUUGUGCGAGGCCUUGGUUUUCAUUUUACUGUACAGUAUUCGCUUAAAAUUAUUUUACUAUUUCUGUAUUCCAUAUUCUUGGUCAUUUGACAGCCUCAAACUGUAAAGAAUUUGUGCUUAGCUUUCGUGGAACUAGCACAGCACAGAGAUUUAACAGGAAAAGCCUUACUCUGCGUUAAAGGAACAGUUCAGCCGAAAUGAAAAUUGUGUCAUUAUUUACUCACCCCCAAGUCAUUCCAAACAAGAUAUGAGAUUUAUUUUAUUUACACAUUUUCACAGUGAUCUUAAUUUCUACAUUUAAUCAAAUGCUGUAUUACACUAACGUCAGUCAUUGAGUGAUUCCGCAAAAUGUAGUUUAUGAUCAUGGAAAGAGAAAUAUUUAACUGAGAAGGUUAGUUUAUGGUUAUUUAAAAAAGCAUUAGAGAAUGUUCAAAAUAACCAUUAUAUUCUGUGUAAGUUCUCAUUAGAUUAUCAAAAACUAUUAGCAACAUUCUGGCAACAUUAGUUUAUGGUUAUAUAAAUGAACCCUAAAAAACUAUAUAUAUAUAUAUAUAAAUAAAUAAAUGAAGAACAUUUUAAGUUUGGGUCAUUCCUAGUUUGGUGGAUUUUAUGUCCCCAUGAAACCAUAAUUUUAAAACAAAACUUUUUGAAGCACAAAUUCCCAUGUCCCCAAUCAUGUUUUCUAAAUAAAGGUUUCAUAUAUAUUUCUAAAUUAGUAAUUGAAUAUUAGUAUGUUCAUUUACUUACUCUCUUUGAAGUAAAAUACAAUUUAUUGCGAUAGUUUUUAUUUUAUGUGUAAAAUCAUUAAAUUAGUUUAUGUCCCUCAGACUCUAGUCUACCCUGUUACAUUGGUGCUACUUACUCUUUAAAAUCUUAAGUGUAUGCCCUAAAUCACAUGACUUGCUAGAAGUGACAUAAUUUCCUUGUAGGGAGAACAAGAACAAAGUAAAAAUCAGUUAUAAACCUUUCUCUCUUUUCCUCAUUUUUAGAAGACUUAUCCAAUAGCGUAAAACAUAACAUGUCCACCCUGUUGUGCCAAUUUAUACUGGACUUGAAAUUGUUUAUUUUUUAAAUAAAUUAUAUAUACAGGUGCUGGUCAUAUAAUUAGAAUAUCAUCAAAAAGUUCAUUUUUUUAUUAUAAAUAUUUUUAAAAAUGAAACUUUCAUAUAUUCUAGAUUCCCUACAUGUAAAGUAAAACAUUUCAAAAGUUUUUUUUUUAAUUUUGAUGAUUAGAGCGUACAGCUCAUGAAAGUCCAAAAUCCAGUAUUUCAAAAUAUUAGAAUAUUUCCUAAGAUCAAUUAAAAAAUGGAUUUGCAAAACAGAAAAGUUCAAGUUCUUUAAAGUAUGUUCUUUUGUGCACUCAAUACUUGAUCGGCAGGACAUAUUACAGCAAAUGACUUGCUCCUAGCACAAAUUACUGCAUCAGUGAAGUGUGGCAUGGAAGUGAUCAGCCUGUGGCACUGCUGAGGCACUAUUGAGCCUUCAGAUCAUCUGUAUAUUGUUGGAUCGACUGUUUCUCAUCUUUCUCUUGAAAAUAUCCCAUAGAUUCAGGUCAGGCAUAUUGGCUGGCCAAUAAAGCACAGUAAUAUCAUGGUCAGCAAACCACUUGGAAGUGGUUUUUGCACUGUGGGCAGAUGCUAAAGUCCUGCUGGAAAAGGAAAUCAGCAUCUCCAUAAAGCUUGUCAGCAGAUGGAAGCAUAAAGUGCUCCAAAAUCUCCUGGAAGAUGGCUGCAUUGACUUUGCACUUGAUAAAACACAAUGGACCAACACCAGCAGAUGUCACAGCCCCCCCAAAUCAUUAUUGACUUCAGAAACUUCACACUAGACUUCAAGCAGCUUGGAUUCUGUGCCUCUCCAGUCUUCCUUCAGACUCUGGGACCAUGAUUUCAACAUGAAAUGCAAAAUUUACUUUUAUCUGAAAAGAGGACUUUCGACCACUGUUCACUGUCCAGUUCUUUUUCUCCUUAGCCCAGGUAAGAUGCUUCUGACGUUGUCUCUGGUUCAGAAGUGGCUUGGUAGUCCUUUUCCUGAAGAUGUCUGAGUGUGGUGACUCUUGAUGCGCUGACUCCGGCUUCAUUCUACUCAUUGUGAAGCUCUCCCAAGUGUUUGAAUCGGCUUUACUUGACAGUAUUCUCAAGCUUGCGGUCAUCCCUGUUGCUUGUGCACCUUUGCCUACCCAAUUUCUUUCUUCCAGUCAACUUUGCAUUUAAUAUGCUUUGAUACAUCACUCUGUAAACAGCCACCCCAUUCAGUAAUGACCUUCCGUGACCUCCUCUCUUUGUGGAGGGUGUCAAUGAUUGUCUCCUGGACCAUUGCCAAGUCAGCAGUCUUCCCCAUUAGUGUGGUUUCAAAGAACAAAAGAUACCCAGAAUUUAUACUGUAGGGAUGGUCAUAUAAUGAAACUCAAAUGUAAAUAUUCUAAUAUUUUGAGAUACUGGAUUUUGGACUUUCAUUAGCUGUACGCUCUAAUCAACAAAUUAAAAAAAAAAAAACUUUUGAAAUGUUUUACUUUACAUGUAGGGAAUCUAGAAUAUAUGAAAGUUUCAUUUUUUAAAAUAAUUUACAAUAAAAAAAUGAACUUUUUCACGAUAUUCUAAUUAUAUGACCAGCACCUGUAUAUUAAAAUUGUUCCUGAAUAUAAAUCUUCUGCUAGCAUGUUGUUCUGUCCUAGCUAAAUAAUGGGCUUUAUUAGUUUAAAACAUCAACCCUGUUAUGAUCCACCCUGUUACACAUUAUACAUGUAACAGGAUGGAUAGAGUUCAUAGAAUGUGAAAUUUGAAAUAUUUGGUCAGAAUUAUUAGGUGAUACUAGCCUGAGCUUGACCAGUGUUUUUUUUUUUUUUUGAUAGGCAAACAUUUUCUCCCUCUGACAAGACUAAAAAAUAACUAAAUGUAAAAAUAAAUCAACAAAAAUCAACAAAACUGUUCAGCCCAAAAUCCACCAAACUCUAGGAAUUACCCUUUUAUUAGAUUGUCCCGUCACACGUUUUGUAGCUCACAGCUCUAGUCCCCAUUCAGUUCCCUUGUAUGGAAAAGAGCAGCAUGAACAUUGUGCUAAGUGUCUCUUUUUCCACUGAAAAAAUAAUGUCAAAUGUGUUGAGUAAAUUGACAUUGAGUAAAUGUCUGAAUUUUCAGUUUUGGGUGAACUAUUCCUGUAAAGACAGAACUGUAGCUACUCUCAAUAUCUGUAUCCAAGCACAAAAAUGCAAGCACAGCCUCAUACAGAAGUAGCAUAUGCUUUGUUUGCAUUCAUUAGUCUUAAUUGCAUACAGUUUUGAGGCACACACUGUUAUUCUGGGUUCAAAGCAAUGCGAAUUGUUCAUUGGGUCAUUCUACAAUUGUGGUGGCAGAUGCUUUAGCUUUUGGACAACAAAAUGCCAACUGCUACACACUUCCUAUAGAAAACCAUUUUAGAAAAUUAUAGAAAAUUAUUUAAAAUUAAAAUUCAACUGUAACUUGUGAAAAAAUGAGAAAAAUGGAGAAAUACCAAAUUAUUAGUGACAUUUUAAAUAGACUAGUUAAAUGGUUUUACUCUGUCAUGAUGAUAAUAAUAAGAUCAAUGCUUGUAUUUUUAAUGCAUAUUGUAAUAUAAUUCAUCAUGAAAUGUCAGUGGCAUUACUGCCAAUAAUUUUAAUGGUUCCUAUUACCUUUUUGUUCAAUUAUUUUUCCGGAAGUAUGUGACUUUUAUUUAGUUUAAAAUAUUUUAAAAUUGAAUAAAUAUUUAAUAUCAAACUUAACUGAAAAAGAAUUAACAUUAAGAUUGCAUGGCAUGUUUAAAAGCACUACAUGUAAGAAUUUUCAUGUAGCCUAUCAAUCACUUUUUUUAUUGCCAAUGCAUGAACAGCUUGUAACGAAACUUAAAAAACAAGACCUUGCCCAUUGUCUACUGCCUGUAUACUGAUCUAACUUCUUAACUGAUCGAAAUCGGGUCUCCAUCUGGACCCUACACCAUCCACAGCGAAGUUCUUUUUCGUUCUUCGUUUAGGAAUAAAAUGAAGAUAUACUGUUAUCGAACAUCUGACGCCACCCACACUGCUGAGAGCGGCAUUUAGAUGAAUAUGUAAAUAUGUGCUGUGCGCUUUCCUCUCAGUAACAAAAUAAACACAACAAAAAUGAGAAAACAGCAAGCUUUUUUAUAUAGAAAGCAUAAGCAUCUGAUCAUAGGAACAUGGGUAUGUUAGCACAAGCUCUGAAAAUUAGCAUUUCAAUAAAGUCACGUCACGUUUAUUUAUAUGGCAUUUUAAUCAAUAGAUUGCUUAAAAGCAAGCAGCUUUACAAUAUCAAACAUGAAAAAGUGUCAGUGCCUCAUUUCAUCAGAAGCAAACUUCAUUUUCUACUAUGAAUCAGCUAUCCAGUGUGUUCAUGUUUUCACCUGUGGAGAUCUUAGCUCGACGGACUCAACAGAUAAAAUGAGCCAGAGAAAAGUUCUGUGUGAAAGAAGGCGAAGCAUCAGCACACACCUCCAAUUACGUUAUCAUCACAGACCAAUGGUAGUAUGAAGGUGUUUUGCAGCUGGAGUGAACUUUUCCCGAGAGUUUGCUUUGGAAAGCCAUUUCGAACUCCCAAAACGAACUUCGUUUUGGCCUGAUUUUGUUUGAAAUGACGUCACAUCAGUUCGUUCUUCGAUUCCAUGAAGUAUAUCGGGGCCUUUACACACGCUCUGGAGACCCUCUCUUCAGAUGCUUUCUUAACUGCGGUUUUCUCAUUGCUGUCUUGUAUGUUUAUUUUGUUAUUGAGAGGAAAGACAUAAUCAUCUUAAUGUCACUCUCAGCAGCGUGGACGGCGUCGGCAUGUUUGUUAACAGUAUAUCACUGCAAAGAUAUUUCCGACUUCUUUUUACUUUUAAGUGAAGAACGAAAAAGAACUUCGCCCUGCCGGGGCCUUCAAUCACGUUCAGUCUCUUGUACAUUAUGAGCAAUAAGUUGCUCACUGCAGUUCACUUAAUGGCCACCGGUGUCGCUAAUAACAAGGGUUUCUGAAUUCUACAUUUAAUGUAGAAUUGAUGAGAUGGAAAUGACAUCACAAUUGUAGAAUGACCCAAUUAAAUGGCAUCAGAAAAUUCUCUUUAAAAUAUCACAUGGAUCAUCAAGAAAGAAGUUAUAUAAAAAUGUUCUGUUCUCAACCAAACAAUGUUCAGUGACGCCUGGUCAAACUGCCUUUAAUGAAAAUAAAAAGCUACCGACAGCACUUACCGUGACUCUCGAGAUCAAGAGCUCAGAUGUGCUCCUUCUGCUCAAAACCCUUCGUAUUUCAGCAAGAAAAUACACUAGCCAGCCUUUACCCCAGCAACCCUGGGAAAAAAAUAUCUCAAACACAGGCACAGAGCUCUGAAUUCAUUUAUUUAAUAUGACAGUAUGUCAACUUCAAACUCACACCCACUCACGCUGCAUCUAUGCUGUAUUAUCUAUAUAAAUCAUGCAGAAAACACACAUCAAAUUUUAACCAUAUAUGGGAUGGGAAUGUUUUUCCAUAUGGUUAGGAUUCAGGCACUGUCACUGCACCCUUCCUCAUUUAUGCUCAAUUUAUAUUUAAAAUGAUUACAAAUUUAACAACUUCUGUAGAUUAUUUGUACAUUGACCAUGUCUUACUGACGUUAUAAUUUCAGCUUGAUAAUAAUGAAUGAGAAAUUUGCUGAUUAGCUAAAUAAUUUGAGAUGAACAAUAGAACAACUUCCUGUCCAUUUCUUGGUUUUAAAAAGAAUUCUGUCUUUGACUGCAUGGCUAAUGAAUUGUUUACAAGUAACAGAUAUUGUGCGUUUAAUCUCAGGUGUGACGACUCUUAUUUGUCAAAGUGGUAACAGGUGCCAAUGUUGCUUAGUUAGGACCAGUUUACCUGCUCAUUACGCACCUCAAAGGGUUAGAGCUUGUGUUAGAUAUAAUUAUUUUACUUUGGUAUACAGCACUGGCUGGACAGCAUGAAUUUAGAUCAUAAAAUCAUAUGAAUUUAGAUGGGGUAAUAGAAGUCCCAGAAUCAUAUAAACAUAUAUUGUUUACCUUUGUUAAUUAUGAAAUCACUGUUUAAUAUUGCCUGCAUCAUGUUUGCAUGAGCAGUGUUUUAAAAAGAAAUAAACUUAUUUUGUAGAUUGUUUGUUUUAGAAAUGAAGUUUGCCUUAAUAGACCAUUUAUUUGUGUUAUGCCAAAUUUACUAUAUUCUAUUGUAUUUUUCAAUUUAUUUUUAAUUUUUUUAAACACUCUUCAUGUGAAUGACUCGAGGUUCAAAGCGGUUUGGUUUGUUUUGUGAAUGAGACGCAUGCAGGUGCUGUUAAACCAGUGUAGUUUGGCAUCAAAUGCACUCACAAAUAAGUAAAUUGUAGCACUUUUCAAUGGAAGAACUUACUGUAUUGUCAAAAGCAGGCAAUAUCCAAAACAAAAAGGCCCAAAUUCACAAGGUAUUGUAUAAAGAAUGAUUUGCUAUGACUAACCAGAGAAAGAUUUGGUAAACUCUGAAUAUCAACAUGUUUUCAUGUUAUAUGAGGAAAGACAUGCUGUAAUGACUAUGACUAUUAAUGAAAUGAUGCCCCUUUCUUAUUUCAUAAAUAAACAUUCAAAUGAAACACUU